AUGGAGGAAAAAAAAGCCUUAUCCGCAGAAGAACAAACACAAAGGAUGACUAGCCUCACAAUCUCGAGCGCCAUUUUCCCUCCCAAAUCGAACCUCCCCAAGCCAUCACUAUCAUCAUCGUUCAAUGGCUUGCGAAUCGCGCAUUUGCGCCACACGCGCCGCCCCAGACUGUCGUCCGGUCGGGCCUCGUCCUCAAUGUCGGUGGUGACGAUGGCUAAAAGAGAGGAGGAGUUGAAGGACAUCAGGGCUAAGUCGACGGAGGAGCUCAAUGAAGAGAUUUUGGAUCUCAAAGGCGAGCUUUUCAUGCUCCGCCUCCAGCGAUCGGCCAGGAACGAGUUCAAGUCUAGUGAGUUUCGUCUUAUGCGCAAAAGGGUACAUCUUUCUCUUACGCUCCUUCUAUUUUUCGUCAAUUUGUUGUUUUUUUUUGCUUUCUGA